AUAUAGACAUCAGUCUUAUAAAACUGUAGAAAAAUUCAAAAUUACUUUCAUUUUAAAACACUCUUAAUACACGUUUUUCGUUAAUAAUCAUUGUCAUUCUACCGUCAUUUUACCUCUGGGUUUUAAAUCAAUGUUGCAUCACUGACUUCACCACUUUAAACCUGUGUACCAUGAUUUGUAAAAAAAUACUAAUUUUAAAGAAUCUCAAGUUUACCGUUUGCUAACAUCUGACUUCUGAUGCUUGUGACAGCAACAAUGAAGGCUUUUUACCUUCUUCAACAAACAACCUCAUUGGUAGUUGUAGACUUUUGCCCCACCUUGUUUCACGACUAGGUCACAUGACCUGGGAGGUUUGCAUAAACCUGUACAGGAGAAAAUCUGUGGGAAUACUUCCUGUUCCUUUAUGCAGCAGAACAGGUUUGUUAUGAGGAGGACUCGGGAGUUAAGAGAAAAGGUCUUCACCUGAAAACACCAGCUGCGUUCAAGCCUGAGAUGACACUUUGUUAACUUCUACCCUUCUACCGUGUUCAAAUGGAGUCUUUUCAAGGACCCUGCCGUCAUCAGAGUGUUCCUGUUGAAAUGGAUGAGAGCAUGACACCUUCCAGUCUGGACCUGCUCUGGCCUCCGGUUUGUAAUCAGUGCAGUAGAAGUGCAGAGAGCAGUAAAAUGUCAAAUACGGAGGAGAAAAUUGCUGAAAAGAGGACACUCCCCAAGACCUGCUACCAACAGAGCUCCAGAAUUGCCUCUCAGGCUUUCCUGAAUCAUCGCUUCGCAACACAGGUGCAGCCAGAACAGAUGAAUGCUACACACCAAAGACAACAGAUGCCAGUUAAUGACCGGCAGUACAUGCCAAACAAUAGCAGAGGCGUUGCAGGGCCCUCAGACUGGUUCAACGAUUGUUCCACAGAGGACGCACAUCACCUGGAGGCCCCUCUUCCACUUCAGUCUGUCAACAAUCCAUCACUUUACCCUUUGGCACACUUGCCCAAUCAAUACUAUUACUGUCCUGAGCGUGAUUUUCCUGUACAUCCACACCACCAACAGUUCCGAUCUGUCUCCAAGCAAAAGCCACACAAUAAAAAUGCUCCAAAUGCAGUUCAGAAUUAUGUGCCUCUGCAAGAGACGCUGCCUCCUAGUGAUGUGAUGCAGGAGGUCAGCGUAAAUUUCUCUCCCCAAGCAGGUUUGGGACAAAACAUAAGAGAGAUCAGAAAGACCAUUAGCCUCCCCGAGGAGUGUAGGAAUGUUUUCAUCACAUAUUCAGUGGACACAGCCCAAGAUAUCAUUCUUUUUACAAAGUUUCUGACGGAUCAGGGAUUCAAACCGGCAAUUGACAUUUUUGAUAAUCCAAUCAGAAGAAUGGGCAUCACCAAAUGGAUGGACAGAUAUUUGAAUGAUAAAUCAGUGCUGAUCAUUGUGGCCAUUAGUCCCCAGUACAAAGAGGACGUUGAGGGUAAUGGUAAUGAUGACCACGGACUGCACACUAAAUACAUUUACAAUCAGAUCCAGAAUGAGUUCAUCCAACAAGGUUGUCUGAACUUCAGAUUGGUCCCAGUUGUUUUCCCUAAUGCAACCAAGAGACAUGUGCCCAACUGGUUGCAAAGCACCAGGAUUUACCGCUGGCCACAGGACACACAGGACCUGCUGUUGCGCCUGUACAGGGAGGAGCGCUACAUUAUUCCACAUCGAGAGGCCGACCUCACCCUUACUGUUCGUCCUCUCUGAGGGAAAACUAACCAGGAAAGCAGAGAAACGGGAAAUCACCUUUUUAUACCAUUUCUAUUAUGGUGUGUGGUGUGACUUUCACAUGCUCCAAUUCAGUACUUUAGGAGUAGCAUUAAAUCAUGAUGGAAUCAAGUGUGUACCUUGUUAAAAUAGCUGCAACUGUAUCCUGGGGUGGUAAAGAAAAUAUUAUACUUGUUUUAUUUUUUAUUUUUUUUAAUGCACUUUUUCUGAGCAGACAGAGCAGAACAUUCCUUUUUGUGUAAAAACUGAUUUUAUAAAUAAUAAUGAUAAAAGUGUUGGGUACAUUCUAAUUUUUCACAAUCUAAAAAAAACAACUUCUUUACAAACAUAAUACAAUACUGCAUACCGGUACUUUCUUGCAAGGUAUUCAUAAAAGCGAUGCAGUGUAGUUCUGUUGCAUACAGUAGUUUGUUUUCAAAAUUAUUGUAAAUAUAAUUACAAUGUUGAAAAGAAAAUACAUGUAUCACGUUGAGGUUUUUUUUUUUUCUCACUGGUUGGCUCAUUGUAGCUAAACGUUCAUUUUUGGAUUCUUAACCAGAUUAAUUUAUUUUCUGUUUGGACAAAGAACAUAAACUUGCAUAUAGACAUUUAAAUAAACAUUUUUACGGUC